CCUGUUGUGAAUUCUGGGGACAGGUAAAUUCAUUGGCCUACCCAAGUCUGAGCUCUAGAUCUGAACCCCCAUGAACCUGAGGGUGCACUGGGGAGAGAAAGGCUGACAACUGGACCCAGGGAAUGUCAAGGCCACCCUAGGCUUGGAGGGACCGCUAUGCCUCCAAGCCCCUCCCAGCGAGGGGGUUCCGAAGGGAGUCUAGGAUGCUGCGUGGUUCCAGGUGAUCUAUUGCUUUCUCGAGUUUAAAGUUCAGAGGAUCAUGAAGUCCCACAGCUGGAAGGGGUGUUAAUGACACUGCCUAGCCCAACUCUCUUAAAAAGAGGCCUACUCCUGACUCCUCAAAUCAGAUAAGACAGGCAUAGGCUCUGACUGCUCCUUAAGUCUUAGCAAUACUCUCUUUCCAGUUUUGCAGGGUGGCCCCCAGUUCCACUGCUUUUGUAACAGGUGGCCAGAAAGCUUGGGGUCCCGUGAUAAGCGUUUCAGUUCUUUCCAGGAUGGUUGGAAAAAAGGAAGGAAGGAUGAAUGAAUGAGUGGGUGAGCGGAUGGAUGGAUAGACGGAUGGACAGAUGGAUGGAUGGAUGGAUGGAUGGGCCAGAGACUGGGAGCGGUAAUCUCGGUCCGACGGGUCCGGGCCUCUCGGGAACCCCAGCCCUCCUCCCACCGCUUCUGCGCGCGGGCCGACUCGGAGACCUGAGGGAGGGUGCGAGCGAGCGGGGGCCCUGGGGCGGCGAGGGUGCGGGGAGGUGAGGACCGGGCGGUGGGGAGCGGAGGGGAGGGAGGGCCCUGGAGGCGGAGAGGAGGGACUGGCGGAGAGAGGGCCUGGUCGAGGGGCGGCGGGUGCCGCGGGAGCUCGGCGCGGCUGCAGCGCGGGCGGGCGCGGGGACACGAUGUAGCCGCCGCCGCCUCCUCGCGGGCCGGGGCUGAGCCGCCGCCACAGUCGCCAGCGGAGCGGCCGCCUGGCGCGCCCGCGGCACGGUAGGAUGGGCUGCGGCGGGAGCCGGGCGGAUGCCAUCGAGCCCCGUUACUACGAGAGCUGGACCCGGGAGACCGAAUCCACCUGGCUCACCUACACCGACUCGGACGCGCCGCCCAGCGCCGCCGCCCCAGACAGCGUUCCCGACACGGGCGGCCUGCACGCAGGCUAAAAGAGAUGCUAAGAGAAUGUCCUCAAAAGAAGUCACCAUUAAUGUAACAGACAGCAUCCAACAGAUGGACAGAAGUCGAAGAAUCACAAAGAACUGUGUCAACUAGCAGAGAGUGCAAGCAGAAGGGCAGCUGGACUUCUUCAGUGUCCUUCACGGCACUAGAUCCCAUCAAAGAACCUUGAAGAAGUGUCUUCCCCUUACUGCACAUGAAUGCUACUGAGUCCCUGGCAAGACUGUCUUACCUGGUAGCAAACUGCUGUCUGAUUUGUUGGGACCUUCUGAGCCUCCUACUUAUCAUAUAAAUGUAUUGGUACAGUGCUCACCUAUGUUAAUAAACUGCAAGUGUGCAGUUCAGUUUGCCUCUUUGCAACUCCUGUAACAGGGUCUGGUGUAAAAGUAGUGAGUUAAAGCUACAGGUCAGUUUGUGAAACAGAAAAGUAGGAAUGUGUUUCCUGGGUUAAAGAGUCACACCUCAGUGCUAAACUCGCCUGGCCAUGAUAGUGUGUUCUGUUUCAGGCAAACUUAUUCUUUCCUUCUUUCAUUUUAAAUAUUAUCAUUACAAAUCUUAUCAGGUUCACUUAAAAGCUGGCUUUCAUCCAACUCUAAACCCAUAUAUUGAAACAAUCAAGGUACAGGGAAACUCCUUGUUAUCCUUGUUUCCUUAGCUUGGUAUGAGACAGAUCAGAUCCAGUAUCCCAUGCACCAACCCACUGCCCAUGGCAUGUCUUUGGGAGGUGUCUGUGAAGCAGUCAUACCUGUUUCUCAUCUGCCUGGAAAGUCCUCCAGUCCUUAAUGUCACCGUGCUUGUGGCCAAUGUAUCCAAAUAAGGACACCCCUGAAGGCUCAGACAGACAUUGCAAUUUUGCAUAGCUUUCCAGCUCCCUUUGCUUGUCUUCUUGAAUGCCUUCCCUCUCCAUUGGGGUCAUUUGCAAUUGUGAAUCAAAGGCUGAAUACUGCGGAGGAGAGGGAGAUGAUUCAGAGACAUGCGGCAGCAUGCAUGGCUUCCCCUUGGCCUCUCUGUAUAUAGCUCCAGGACUGUCAUGUUGGCAUCCACAAAGGAAUCACUUUAGAAAGCCAGCAUCUGUUUUAUGUGUAUUCACUCUGACAUUAGGUUGAUGUGCCCUGCAUUAGAAAUGAGGUAGCUGACACAGAAAAACGAUGUUUUGAUAGGAAUAGUUUUCUCAUAUGUUCUGAAACAUGUUCAUCUAGAAGUAUUUUCCUGCAAAGUAAUGUAGCAUGAUUUUUUAAGGACUGUUAACAUGCCUGGGAUUGGGAAACACAGGACUAAAGUUGUACCAAACUAUACCAAUAAAUUCCAUAUUUAGCAGAAAUAGGCAGCCUAAUGGUGUUAUAUUUAUAUAACAUAGUCCAGAGAACUGAUAUGCAGGUCAAGGGUCAGGUACUCAACCUCCUUAUCUGCUAACUCUGUUAUUCUUCAAACCCAAAUGGGUAGUGUCAUUGUUCCUUCUUUCCUUCCAUUGGCAGAUUGUAUAUUUAUUUACUAAACAUUGAAUGUCCAUCCUGUGCCAGGUACUAUGCAGAUGCUGACAGAUUUGGGGUCUUGUAGUCAUGACUGUCUAUCCUGAAUCUAACAGUGACUUCAUAACCAGGAGACUGAAUUAGACCCUAAGACAUCGUGUGUGUUGCAAAUUGCUCUGCAAUGGAAUCUUUUAUAUCCAGGGUAGGUUUGUUUCUUAACUAGGUGUUCUAAUCACUGUACAAGACUAUAUCACACACAAAAUUAUAGUUUUUCUAAACCUUUAUCAUUUUGUGAUUCUUUGAGAAAGGGCUUUUAGGGAACUUCAUGUUCUAAAAAAUGUUUUUAAUAAUAAUAAAAUAAAAGCAAAACCUG